GCGCCGCGCGGGGCCGGGCAGGGCGUGGGCGGCCAUGAGCACGGACGACCUGAUCGAGACCUUCAGGGCGCAGCUGAGGGACGACCCCGACGUCGCCUCGGCGGUGGCCGCCAUCCGCGCGCUGCUGGGCUUCCUCCGGCGGGACCGAGGAGAAACCAUCCAGGGCCUGCGGAGCAGCCUGCGCGAUGCCAUCGAUACGCUGUCGCGGGUGGACUCGUCGGUGGCCGUCAACUCCGGCGGGGAGCUCUUCCUGCGCUUCAUCAGCCUCACCUCGCUGGAGUACUCGGACUACUCCAAGUGCAAAGAAAUCAUGAUCGAGCGCGGGGAGAUCUUCCUCAGGAAGGUGUCUCUCUCGAGGAACAAAAUCGCCAAGCUGUGCCAUCCCUUCAUCAAAGAUGGAGCCAGGAUUUUGACACAUGCCUACUCAAGAGUGGUCCUCAGAGUGCUAGAAGCAGCUGUUGAGUCAAAGAAGCGAUUCAGCGUUUAUGUUACUGAAUCACAGCCAGACCAAGCAGGGCAAAAAAUGGCAAAGGCCCUGAGGAAACUGAACAUUCCUGUGACUGUGAUAUUGGAUGCUGCAGUUGGCUACAUUAUGGAGAAAGUGGACCUGGUCUUAGUUGGUGCUGAAGGUGUAGUUGAAAGUGGAGGCAUUAUUAACAAGAUUGGCACCAAUCAGAUUGCUGUGUGUGCCAAAGCUCAGAAUAAGCCAUUUUAUGUGGUAGCAGAAAGUUUCAAGUUUGUAAGACUUUUCCCCCUCAACCAGCAGGAUGUCCCAGAUAAGUUUAAGUACAAAGCAGACACUCUGAAAACAAGUCAGAAUCUAACAGAGGAACAUCCCUGGAUUGACUACACAUCACCAUCACUCAUUACAUUACUGUUUACAGACCUCGGUGUGUUAACUCCAUCAGCUGUCAGUGAUGAACUCAUUAAGCUCUAUCUGUAACAUGAGGACAUGCUGUGCAAUGUACCAUCUUUGAUGACUUCACAGCUGUAAGAGCCUGGCAGGUGAUGAAGUGGGCUGGACGUGGUAAGGAGACAGCAUUACAAGGAUUCAUGUCAUUACUGGCCUUCUUCAGCUUAAGGCAUUACCUGGGGGUGGAUCGAUGUUCAGAAACGAAAAAUCCAAGUUGCUACAGCUUCUGAAUACCUUCAAUGAAUUUUCUGAAAGAUGGGCCAAGUACUGCAGUACUGAAAAAUAAAGUAACUUAUGGUGUUUGCAGCCUCAUUCGGAGCUGUGCUGUCACUCACUGAUCUGUGAACAAAAAAAAACCCUGAAAUAAAUGCUCCAAAAGAAAGCUGUAGCUCCAGCCAAAUCAUACAAGGGCAGUGCUUUUAGCUUUGUUCUUAACUGUGCUUAUGGAAACCAGGUUUCUUUACGAAGAAAUUAAAUCUGUUCUGUUCUCUGCAUCAUUAUUUUGUUAUAAAAAUACAGUUUUAUUGAAACAAGGAGUAUCUUAAUGUAAAAGUCCAGUUGGAAUAAACGUCAACCUUCAGUCUCA